GACUGCUGCACCUGAGUUUCAAAGCAAAUUUUUUUGCGCAAAUAAAUUGCCACUGCUAGUGUUUUUUUUUAUUAUCAUCAUCUUUUGAGAGAAACACAGGGGAUAAAAUGACAAAUAAUAAUGCAUAUACUAAUACCCACUUUUUGGAGGGAAAACGCCACAUAAACUGCUCCAAAAUAAGGAGGUAGUUUUCUGGCCUUUUUUAGGUAAAAAAAAAUUAAAAUAAAUAAAUAAAAAACACCAAACAAAAGUUGUGUCUGUUUAUAGCUUUAGGCUAUUUUUUUUGUCCCAGCGGUUGGACCCCCAGCGAUCAGAUGCUUACCCCAUAUAUUGUAGAUAAGAGAUACGUUUUUCUUUGCUGGAUAAUCGCUUAAAAAUAUAACUGUCAAAUAAUUACUUGUAGCUCUUGCAGAUAAAUAUACUGGUUAAUUACAUAUGUGUAGUUGGUAUACAGGAGCCUUGCCCCUCAAAAGGGAGAAAUUAUGUGGAUAUCAGAUGUCUACCAGAUCACAGAAUCCGCCGGAUAAUUAGAACAGUCUGUUAUGUAUGUUAGGCUCCAGACUGAAAAUUGUGCUUAUGCCAGAAAAAAAAAAAGUCUUGAUAAUACCUGGUAACAUGGGAAAAAGCAUUCUCUGAGACUGUAAAAAUGUUUUAAGAGACAUAGAGCAAUUAGCAAUAUCAAAACAUAUUGUAAGUCCGUUCUUAGGAUACAUCAGGUCAGCAUUCGUACAGUAUAAUGCAGACUGGCCAAGCUCAGGAGACAGCCAGUCUGUCCAGGCUCUCUUACUUUUCCACUUAGCAUGUACAUAACAAAACCCCCAAUUUGUCUCAUUUUAAUAUCCCAGUCUACAUGAUGCAGCGUAGUCUUGGCACUUUCAAAGUAAUGAAAUCUAUUAUGCAAAUGUAACAUUCAAGGGAAGUCUGCCAUGCCGGUGUGUCUCCACCUCUUUCGUUAUCACAACAAUCACCUGAGUGGGCAAUGAGUCCAAGUUGUGUCUUGUGUGUUUUGAUAAGCCAUGGAUAAUGAAUAGGUAGGGGCUUCAAACAUGGUAUAUAAGCAACUGAGACUACAGCAAUGCCAGUACCUGAGCACUUGAGCAAGGCUUGACAUCUCCCACAAAAUGACCUCUUCUACUGUCUUCCUGCUCCUUACUGGAUACCUUGUUGGACUAUGCAAGGCAUUUGAUAUUGGAUUAUCCACAAGAUGUGUCUCUAUACCUAAAGAACUUGGUAUAUGCCAUAACCUCGGCUACACAGAGAUGAGACUUCCUAACCUGAUGGGGCAUACCACCAUACCUGAAGUUGUGUCCAAGACAGCAGAAUGGCAUAAGCUUCUGCAAACUGGCUGCCACCCAUAUGCCCGAAUGUUCCUAUGUUCCUUGUUUGCUCCAGUCUGCCUUGACACGUUCAUCCAGCCUUGUCGCAGUAUGUGUGAGGCUGUGAGGGACAGCUGUGCCCCUGUGCUAGCGUGUCAUGACCAAUCCUGGCCUGAGAGCCUGAACUGUGAUCGAUUUCCAGCUGGUGAUGAUAUGUGCCUGGACACCCUAAGUAAAGAAUACCAGUAUUCAUACAAAGAAUUUCCCAAACCAACAUGCCAAGGCUGUCCAUUGAUUGAAGAGUCUUAUUCAUACAGGGGUGCCUUGGGAGCUUUUUGCGACAAUGACUUUGCUGUGAAAGUAAAGUUGGCAAAAAGAAAGUUUGCUUCAGGACAUCAUGAAUAUGUAACCGAGGGCCCUGUAGAAUUUAUUAACCAAGGAUUGCUGCUUCCAUUUGACACACGCAAUCUGAUUGAACAAUGGCUAAGAAUUAAUGAAAACUGUGCUAACAGGAUGGUCCGACACUCCAGGUCCAUGGUCUACAUUUUAGCUGGAGAUAUCCAGAAUGGACAAGUUCUGGUCAACAGAGUAUUCCACUGGCACAAGAAGGACUCUCAGCUGACUUUGGCCACCAGAAAAUGGAGGCACCAUAAAUGUUAA